GGCACCUAGUCGGAGAAGAGAAACUAGUAUAUAUAUAUAUAUAAAUCUUCCGUGACCCACAUUUAGCGUCCCGUUGGGAGCAUUGCAUUAUUAACACUGCUGUCAAAAGUUUUACAAAUUUUACAACAUGACAGAUAGUGUAUUAGUACAACUGAGGAGAAAUGUAUCUGCUACAGCUUGGGGAUUCAGCAUUCAGGGGGGACAGGAACACGGCUCGUGUAUCUUCAUCCAAAAGGUAAAACCAAAGAGUAUUGCUGACCGGAGUGGUCUGAGGGUGGGGGAUGGUGUGGAACAGAUCGGGCACACUCCUACACAAUAUCUACGUCACGACCAAGCCAAGAUGGAGAUCAUUCGCGCAGGCAAUGACUUAGACUUAUAUGUGAGAAGGAAUGCCGUGAACGUAUCUGGUUCUAACACUGUGACUCCAGAAAACUCCUACGUGGUCGAGGAUUCCACAGACUAUCGGGGAUACACCAACCCCAAUGUUCAGUCCAGAUCCUUCAAGAUCCUCCAGGACUCCCUCCAGUACACAGAGGUGCAGGAAGGUAAAUGAGAACAAUAGGGUGAUUCCGGAACAAUGGGAAACAGCGGCCACAGAGAGUGGAGUCUCCGUAGUGACGAAACAUAUAUCCGUCAACUUCUCAAAGACUUUCAGGAACAAGGAAAUUUAUUUUGUCAGUCCUUAUGCAUGCUUAGUAUGUGUCCAGUAAGAUAUAGAUAUAUAAAAGGGUUAUUGGGUUUUAUUAGCUUAGAACCAGUUUAGGAAGAAACAUAUAUAUGUACAUUAAAGGGUUAUACGUUUUGUUAGCUUUUAAGUUAGGACUAGUUUAAGGAAAUAUGUUUAAGUUACUAAAGUUUCAUGAGCUGAGAACCAGCUAGGGAAGAUAAUUAUGUAGAGUGUAUGAAAGGUUAUGGGGUUUACAGACGAGGUGUAGAAUAUAAAUACACAAAAUGUACUGUGAAUGUAAACAUAAUGAUAAUAUUCUACAUUAUCCAAGGUGGAAGUGUUGAAAUGGGAAUUCUGAAUAUAUCAAACAUUGAUCAUAUGAUAAUCUACGUAUCCUAGAUUCCAAGCAUAAACAUUGUUGUAUUGGGUAUCCUGAUAUGGUACAUUGAUGAUGUACUGGGUAUCCUGAUAUGGUACAUUGAUGAUGUACUGGGUAUCCUGAUAUGGUACAUUGAUGAUGUACUGGGUAUCCUGAUAUGGUACAUUGAUGAUGUACUGGGUAUCCUGAUAUGGUACAUUGAUGAUGUACUGGGUAUCCCGAUAUAGUACAUAGAUGCUGUAUUGGGUAUCCUGAUAUGGUACAUUGAUGCUGUAUUGGGUAUCCUGAUAUGGUACAUUGAUACUGUAUUGGGUAUCCUGAUAUGGUACAUUGAUGCUGUAUUGGGUAUCCUGAUAUGGUACAUUGAUGCUGUAUUGGGUAUCCCGAUAUGGUACAUAGAUACUGUAUUGGGUAUCCCGAUAUGGUACAUUGAUGAUGUACUGGGUAUCCCGAUAUAGUACAUAGAUACUGUAUUGGGUAUCCUGAUAUGGUACAUUGAUGAUGUACUGGGUAUCCCGAUAUGGUACAUAGAUACUGUAUUGGGUAUCCCGAUAUGGUACAUUGAUGAUGUACUGGGUAUCCUGAUAUGGUACAUUGAUGAUGUACUGGGUAUCCCGAUAUAGUACAUAGAUGCUGUAUUGGGUAUCCUGAUAUGGUACAUUGAUGCUGUAUUGGGUAUCCUGAUAUGGUACAUUGAUACUGUAUUGGGUAUCCUGAUAUGGUACAUUGAUGAUGUACUGGGUAUCCUGAUAUGGUACAUUGAUGAUGUACUGGGUAUCCUGAUAUGGUACAUUGAUGAUGCUAUACUGGGUAUCCUGAUAUGGUACAUUGAUGCUGUACUGGGUAUCCCGAUAUGGUACAUAGAUGAUGUACUGGGUAUCCCGAUAUGGUACAUUGAUGAUGUACUGGGUAUCCUGAUAUGGUACAUUGAUGAUGUACUGGGUAUCCCGAUAUGGUACAUUGAUGAUGUACUGGGUAUCCUGAUAUGGUACAUUGAUGAUGUACUGGGUAUCCUGAUAUGGUACAUUGAUGAUGCUGUACUGAGUAUCCUGAUAUGGUACAUUGAUGAUGCUGUACUGAGUAUCCUGAUAUGGUACAUUGAUACUGUAUUGGGUAUCCUGAUAUGGUACAUUGAUGAUGAUGUACUUGGUAUCCUGAUAUGGUACAUUGAUGAUGCUGUACUGAGUAUCCUGAUAUGGUACAUUGAUGAUGCUGUACUGAGUAUCCUGAUAUGGUACAUUGAUACUGUAUUGGGUAUCCUGAUAUGGUACAUUGAUGAUGAUGUACUGGGUAUCCUGAUAUGGUACAUUGAUGAUGCUGUACUGGGUAUCCUGAUAUGGUACAUUGAUGAUGCUGUUUUGUGUAUGGUUAUAGCAUGUACUUUGAUUAUACUGACGUUACAUAAUUUGCCUUGUUCCUGAUCUGUCUGUACCCACAAGGCAUUGUGAUAUAUACUGAUACAGGUUUUUGUUAAUAAUGAUGUAUUUUUUGUUUCUCGUAAAAAUCAAAAUAGAUUUCUCAGAAGCUUUAGUGCAUUAAAUGAUGCCAGAACAAAUUCUAUAUUCCGUUCAUAAGUUGUUUACAGUGUAGCGUUAUGUAAAGGUGUUGAUUUUUAUAUAUUCGUCUCAUCGAAGUCUCAAAAUCGCUCAAGGCGACAAGAUUGUGCAGUUCAACCUAAUGCUAGAAGUGCAAUUGUCAUUAAAUUAAAUCAAAAUUAAUGUGUAUAUAUGCGAUAACUCUAAUAAUGAGAUCGUAGGUGUAGACUGUAAUAAAUAUAUAUAAUAUAUAGAUAUAUAUAAUAGGUUGUAAAUUUUGUGUUAUGUUGAUUUAUCCAUUAAUGAUUUUAAUCUAAAACCAUCUACGACAUCUAAUUGCUACUAUCCCAAUUAGUGAUAUCGGAGAUCGUACGUGAAUUCCAACCCUGAAAUAGUUAGGAUGUUUGCACUUGUGUGUAACUAUAAUUCAACAGCCAUGACGUUGACACUCAUGUUGCUUGGAUAAUUGUUAGAUGAUAUGGAAAAAAAAGGCCAGUAACAAUAACUCCUCUGUUGACAUUAUCAUUUUUUUUUUUUUUUUUGUAAAACAUGUAGAUAUGUUGGGCUUGCUGGCGUAUUUGGCCGUUUUGUUGCCGUAGUAGAAUCUAUACUGUGUAACACCCAUACCGAUUCAGUUUAAUUUAUUUUACAUUUUAAUGUUGUCGUGUCAGCUUUACAUGUUAAGUGUAUGAAUCCUGUAUUUAUAUAUUUCUGUAUUCCAUUAUGUACAUUUGAUAUUAUUGUAAAUAUGAUUUAUCGGUGUGAUUUUUUUUCCCAGUAUAUUAUUGUACAUGUAUAUGAAUUGACAUGCCUUAAUGUAAACUGUUAAAUAGAAUUACUUUUUCCGUCUCAAAAAUAUAUGAAAGUUAUAUUUUUUACGAAGUGUAGCAUUUUAGUACCUGAUAUAAUACUAAAAAUGCUUUCUAGCUCACAAUGGAAAUAUACCAAUAGAUUGAAGAGUAACAAAGGUUAUGGUUAUUGAAUAGUAACAAUCCGACAAGUUGGUGACAAUGCACUUCCUACCAUUAACGACCUACUACCAAUCAGGUUUCACUGUUCUUGGUGAUCCCUGUAUCUCUUCUGUAGCAUAUAUUCUCUUCUGAUUAUGUGCUUUCCAAGGAGAGUUUUAUCCAAUUCGUUGAGUGAAUAAAUAUGUUCUUGUGCAUAC